CCCUCCCCGCCGCCGCCGAGCUGGACCCAGCGGCCCGGGACCAUGGGCCGCCUCCCGCGGGCCCUGCUGCUGUCGCUGCAGCUCGCCCUGCUCGCGGCCGCGGGGGCCCCCGAGGCGCCGGUCAGCGCGCCGCGGAGCCUGGUGUGGGGCCCCGGGCUGCAGGCGGGCGUCGUCCUGCCCGUCCGCUAUUUCUACCUGCAGGCCGUCAGCUCCGAGGGCCACAACCUCACUCGCUCGCCCGCAGGUCAAGCACAAUUUAAAGUAGUAAUCAAAUCUCUUUCACCUAAAGAGUUAGUCCGGAUUCAUGUCCCAAAACCUUUGGACAGGAACGAUGGAACAUUUUUGAUCAGGUAUAGGAUGUAUGAAUCUGCCAAUGAAGGGCUGAAGAUAGAGGUCCUUUAUGGUGAUGAACAUGUUGCCCAGUCUCCCUAUAUUUUGAAAGGACCCAUCUACCACGAGUACUGCGAGUGUCCAGAAGAGGAUCCCCAGGCUUGGCAGGAAACUCUGUCUUGUCCAACCAAAGAACCACAGAUUGCCAAAGAUUUUGCUUCUUUUCCCAGCAUUAAUCUCCAGCAGAUGCUAAAUGAAGUUCCAAAAAGGUUCGGGGAAGAGAGAGGUGCCAUUGUUCAUUACACAAUUCUCAAUAACCACAUCUACCGGAGACCUUUAGGGAAAUACACAGACUUCAAAAUGUUCUCAGAUGAGAUCUUGUUAUCACUGGCCAGAAAGGUCCUUCUCCCAGAUUUAGAAUUUUAUAUUAAUCUUGGAGAUUGGCCUUUGGAACAUCGAAAAGUCAACGAAACGCCUGGCCCUUUACCUAUCAUUUCAUGGUGUGGCUCUCUGGAUUCACGAGAUAUUAUCCUUCCGACGUAUGACAUCACUCACUCCACACUUGAAGCAAUGAGGGGUGUUACAAAUGAUCUCCUCUCUAUUCAGGGAAAUACAGGGCCUUCCUGGAUCAAUAAGACAGAGAAAGCUUUCUUCAGAGGUAGGGAUAGCCGAGAGGAGCGGCUCCAGCUGGUGCAGCUGGCCAAGGAGAACCCACAGCUCCUAGAUGCGGGAAUCACGGGGUAUUUCUUUUUCCAAGAGAAAGAGAAAGAGCUUGGAAAAGCUAAAUUGAUAGGUUUCUUUGAUUUCUUUAAGUACAAGUAUCAAGUGAAUGUGGAUGGGACCGUGGCUGCUUACAGAUACCCGUAUCUCAUGCUGGGGGACAGUCUGGUUCUGAAGCAGGACUCCCCGUAUUAUGAACACUUUUACAUGGCACUACAGCCCUGGAAACAUUACGUGCCAAUUAAAAGGAACCUUGCUGAUUUACUAGAGAAAGUUAAAUGGGCCAAGGAAAAUGACGAAGAAGCCAAGAGGAUUGCCAAAGAAGGGCAGUUGACUGCCAGGGACUUGCUACAGCCACACAGGAUUUACUGCUACUAUUACAGAGUACUGCAGAAUUAUGCUGAGCGCCAGUCCAGCAAACCCGAAAUACGUGAUGGAAUGGAACUUGUUCCUCAGCCGGAUGAUAACACAUCCAUCUGCCAGUGCCAGGGGAAGAGACCUUCAAGAGAAGAACUUUAAGUCAGCCCGGAUUUACACUCCUUUGUAGGCCGGCUGCAUCUUCAAUGGAAGCAUCCAGACAGAAUCUAAGCUACGAAGAACACAGCUUGCCAAAAUACAAAUCACUCUCUAGGGAAUGUAUCUACAUCAUAUUUAUUGGUUUGGUUUUUUUAUUCAUUGUUUGCUUUCGCUCUUCCAUUUCCAGUUAUGAAGAAAAAAUAUUUGGGCAGGGUUGUUUUUUCACCCCCCUACCACACAAUUUCUCCUUCUACAAGCUGCUUUUGACAUUCAGUAACAGUUAGCUUCCUCUGGGAAAAAUCUGAUAAGAAUAAGGAAGAAGAAGAUGACUCUGUUAUGAAUGGUAGCUGGGAUUCUAUGAUGGGGAAUAUUUUUUAAAAGCUCACACAUAGCUUUUUAGCUGAGUUUUACCUACACCUGAAAUAAAAAUAAGGAGAAAGUGCCUUAAGCUAGUAGUUUCCAAUCUAUCACAGUUAUUAAAAUAGAUGAACGCCCCCGACGGGACCAUUCAUUAUCUAUAUACUAGAGGCCCGGUGCACAAGAUUUGUGCACUGGAUGGGGGUGGGGGGUUCCUCAGCCCGGCCUGCACCCUCUCGCAGCCUGGGAGCCCUCGACGGGUGUUCGACUGCCAGCUUAGCACAGCCACAGAGGUGGGAGAGGCUCCCGCACUCACCAUCCAUGAGCACAGCUCAGAGCUUCUGGCUGAGCAGCACUCCACCUGUGGGAGCGCACUGACCAUCAGGGGGCAGCUCCUGCCUUGAGCAUCGGCCCCCUGGUGGUCACUGCGCAUCAUAGCAACCAGUUGUUCCUCCAUUCAGUUGAUUUGCAUAUUAGCCUUUUAUUAUAUAGGAUUGAAUAAAGGUAACUGCAGUCAGGUGGGGAUCUGUAAUUCUUUUUAAUAUUUUAAAGGGAUACUUGAAAACCUCUGCAACAAACUGCAGGAAGCCUGGUAUCUUGGGAUUGACUAAUAGCUAACCACAAAGGCAAGCAUCCUCACUGCACCCCUCCUCCAUUUCACUGGGUUGCAUUGCCAAGAUUAAACAAAUGGAAAUUUCCUCUGCCUUUAGGGUCCAAACUUAAGACUUACAGCCCAGAAGUUCGAUGCACAUUCCUUGUAAUACCAGUUCAAGGCUGAGUUACCUGAAGAACCACACUCCAAAAAAACAAGAACUAUCCACACUCCCAAUCUUAAAAUACUGACUCCCCUAAUUGAAAUAUUAACUUAAUCUGGAAAACAGUGUAACCACUUAAAAGUAGUCAUAUCUAUUCUUUUUUGAAAAACAAUAAGAAUUUUUCUUAACUAGAUAAGAGCAAAAUCACAUUUAGGAACAAUGUAAUCAAAGCCAAGUAUCCAUGGAAAACCCUAAAACCCAAGUUUUCCAAAUGCAGAAGUGCACAGCAUAAAAUAAAGGGCAAGCUGUAGUUAGACCAGAUCUUAAUGAAUCUAUGUCAUUGAUAUAUGAUACAUGGAGUUUGGACUCGUCAAAGCUGAGAUUAUAGAAAGUUUGCCCUCCCUCAUAUCUCCCUGUCCUCCAAACCCAGGUCCUUUUUUUUUUUUUAAAAAAAAAAAAAAGGUAUUUUAUUGAUUUUUUACAGAGAGGAAGGGAGAGGAAUAGAGAGUUAGAAACAUUGAUGAGAAAGAAACAUCAAUCAGCCGCCUCCUGCACACCUCCUACUGAGGAUGUGCCCGCAACUAAGGUACAUGCCCUUGACUGGAAUCGAACCUGGGACCUUUCAGUCCGCAGGCCGAUGCUCUAUCCACUGAGCCAAACCGUUAAGCCAACUGUUAGGGCAACCCAGGUCUUUUUUGAUGGCUAAUGAUAUUUUGUUAGAGACAUCUUAAAUUUUUAAAAUUUAUAUCACCUGCCGCCAAACAGUUAAAAUUGAGUUGAGAUAAGCCAGGCAGCUUCUGGCUGUGGAACAACAAGGAUGUGCUUAAGAAAUUAAGUGGAGCCCCUCGAAAAAUUCCACUGGAAGGGAGCAGCCUUCAUAAAUAAUCCUCCAUCAUACCAACUCAGUCGUGGCUUUAAAAUGAGUGAGUUUAGAUGGCUUCCUGGUUUGUUGACAUGAAUAUACUUUGGUAAAAAUGGGAUUACUAAAACCAUGAUUUUUUUCCUUCUUAGUUCAGACAUUACCCAUGAUUUCCAUUAGUCAUUUUUAAUACUUCGGUUUUCAUGAAAAAUACCUGAUCUUUAAAAGGAGGAGAGGGAUGUAAGGAUAUACAAGUGAAUAUAAUAACUGCAUUUGUCUAAAUAUCAACAUUUGUUGCAGUCUUGUUUUUAUUAAUAAAAUGUUGGAAACAUCUUAAAUAGCCAUCAUUAGGGAAUUGGCUACAUAGAUAUUGAUACAUAAAGGAAUACAGUACAAGCAAGAAUAAAGUAGCUCUAAAUGCACUAUUAUGAAAGAUUUCCAUAACAGUGUUCAGGGGUGGGGGGAAAAGCAAGUUUUUUCAGAACAACAUGUAUAAUGCGAAACCAUUUAUGUAAAAAACAAAAAUAUAUCCAUGUGGUUGAAAGUUUGAAAGGAUAUUCACCAAUAUCUGAAGAGGGGAUGAAGAAAGGGAAUUUUUGCUUUAUACCUGUGUGAGAUAGUUAAAAUGUUUUUACUAUAAGUGUGAAUCAGACUAUAAAAUAAAUAAAAAUGCAAACCUAGCAAAAGACAAUAAAUGCACAAAAGAUAUACCUAGGAAAAAUGGGUAUUUAUAUUUUCUAUUAUGCUGUUUUUAAAUCUAUGUUUAGAAUGUUAUAUCAUGGGACAUAUUAUAUAUACUUUUUUAAUAAAGUACAUUUUGUAAAUAAAA